AUCUGAGGUAUUACCUCAAAGAUAACUAUCCAUACUUUCUGGAAUUAUAUUACAAAGCAGGUGAGACAUUGGAUUCAAACUGCAGAGUAAGACAACUGGAUAAUACUUACUGGGAUGCCAACAAAGAACAGCUUUGAUGGCUAAAAUUCUCCAACCAAUAUUUUGGCUCACUGCUUUCGGUGGUCUAGGUUACGGAUUGUUAAGUCUUGCACCAAGUGCAGAAGAACUUGAUAAACAAAGCAAGAACUACCCAGGCAUAGAAAAAAAUCCAAAGCUUGUGCACGAUAAACAACAACAAUUUGUGAACGUGCUUCAGGCAGCAGUCGAGUCAGACAAACCCCUCUAUAGACUAAGUAAAGAAGAGAUAGAUAAAGCUAUAAGAAAGUAACCUGUUAAUAAAUUACCUAUAAAAUAACGUAAAAUAGUUUAAAACGUAGUCACAUUUAGCUUUUCUAAAUAAAUUAAACAAAAAUACUAAAAAAUGGACCUAAUAAGUGAAGGAACUGAUAAAAUAAAUAUUUUAAAAUCAAGAGAAUUAGAAAGAAAGUUGAAUUUGCAGAAAAAACAGGAGACAAAGAAAUCAACCCUUGCCGAAAAUGAACAAUUGGAUUAUUUUGAGAGAACAUUUAGUGAGAAGCAAGCGUAUAUAGAGAAUUUGAUAAAAUUAUCUGAAAAUUUGCCUAAAGAUCAGUUGCCGGAACAUUUUAAUAUUAUUUCUAAGGAGAUUCUUUUACUGCAAAAAUACGUUGCGGCAUCUAGUUUGUUUUUACGUAACUAUUUCUUGCAAAAAUGUCAGAACAUAAUACAGGAACUCAGUAACAAAACAAGGGAUCUAGAAAAUGAAUUGUUGCCCAAGAAAAAGUUUGGCUUUCGGAAUAAAACCAAACCAAAACUGUUGGAGAAUAACGGUAAGGAUGUGGUCGAUUUUAAUGGAAAACUGAGUGAUUCUUCAGCAAAAGAAAGUGUAAAUGAGGAGAAACAGAGUCCAAAAAUUGAAUGUGGGUUUUAUAGAAGAAAGGAAGAAGUUUUGUGUUUAAGUGAUGAAGAAAUAUAUAAAAAAGAUGUUUCUAUAGAAAAACUAACCAACUGUGUUGUAUAUUUGAAGGGUAUACCGAGUACUUUGCACUUAAACCAUCUGACAAACUGUAAAAUAUUUUCCGGACCUGUUUCAACCUCCAUUUUUGCAGAGAAUUGUUACAAUUGUACGUUUGUUAUUGCCUGUCAACAAUUAAGGCUGCAUUCUUCCGAAAACGUUGAUAUAUACCUUCACGUUACUAGUCGAGCUAUUAUGGAGGAUUGCAGUAAGAUAUCUGUAGCGCCGUAUAACUGGGUGUAUGAGAAUAUCAAUAAACACUUUGUUGAAGCUGGGAUGGAUUUAUCUGUGAAUAACUGGAGGUGUAUUGAUGAUUUUAACUGGUUGAACACCACCAAACAUUCGCCGAAUUGGCGAGAAAUGGAUCAAAGUGUAAGGGUUAGAGAAUGGACUUGAAAUUUGUAAUUCCUAUUGUAGUUUUGAUAUUUAUGUUAAAUUUUAUAUAAAACAAUUUUGUAUAUACACUUUGCUUUCACAUUAAAUGAUAAAGAGCUUUUAA